AUGGUCUCGACUGUCCACGACAUUGGCACCUUCACGGCGCUGUCCACACUCGUGGCCACCGUCUUCGCACUCCUCAAGGCCUUCAGCUAUGUUCGCCAAAGUGUCAAGGGCCAGAAGCUGCCGCCUGGCCCGGCCGGCGUGCCUUUCCUCGGCUCGCUGCCGUUCCUGACGCACUACCCCGAGAUGGCGCUCGACAAGUGGGCGAAGAAGUUCGGGCCGCUGUACUCGAUGUGGCUCGGCAACCAGCUCUUCGUCGUCGUCUCCGACCCGCAGGUCGUCAAGGACCUGGUGAUCACGAACGGGUCGAUCUUCUCGUCGCGGAAGGAGAUGUACAUGAAGUCGAAGAUCAUCUUCGUCCGCCGCGGCAUCACCGCGACGCCGUACGACGAGACGUGGCGCAAGCACCGCCGUCUGGCCGCGCAGUUCCUGGGCAACAAGCAGAUCUCGAACUACAUGCCCGGUCUGAUGCUGGAAGUCACGGACAUGCUCAAGGCGCUGUACUCGGGCGGCAAGGCCGGCGAGGUUCCCGUCAACCCGCAGCCCCACGCUGGCCGCACGUCGCUCAACAACAUCCUGACGAUCGCCUUUGGCACGCGCACGGACAGCAUCGACCACCCGCUGGUCGGCCACUGGCUCAAGCACUCUCGCGAGUUCAUGAACUGCACGGGCCCGGUCUCGAACGUUGUCGACUUCGUGCCGUUCCUCCGCAACUUCCCCAACUGGACCAUGGUCAACCGUGGCAAGCGUCUCCACCAGGGUCUCGUCGACACCUGCGGCGGCCUGAUCAGCGACAUCGACCGCCGGAUGAAGGCCGGCGAGGAGGUCCCCGAGUGCAUGGCCAAGUUCCUGCUCAGCGUCAAGGAGCAGGAGCAGCUCGACGACCUCGACAUCAUCUUCAUCUGCUGCGCCUUCAUGAUCGGUGGUGUCGAGACCACGGCCGCCAUCAAGCAGUGGUUCCUUGCCCACAUCCCUGCCUUCCCUGAGAUGCAGAGGCGCGCCCAGGCUGAGAUCGACCAGGUCGUCGGCCGCGACCGCGUCCCGGUCGCUGCGGACGAGAAGAGCCUGCCGUUCACCCGUGCGAUCAUCAAGGAGAUCGAGCGUGUGCACAACCCGUUCUGGCUUGGCACGCCGCACAAGAGCACCGAGGACUUUACCUACCAGGGCCAGUUCAUCCCCAAGGGCACUGUCGUCAUCAUCAACGCUUACACGAUGCACAUGGACCCGAAGCGCUACCCCGAGCCCGAGAAGUUCAACCCCGACCGCUACAUCAACGAUCACUACACCAACACCGAGUCUGCCAACCUCGCGGACCCGUACCAGCGCGACCACUGGAUGUUCGGUGCCGGUCGCCGUAUCUGCCCCGGCAUCCCGCUCGCCGAGCAGGAGAUCUUCCUUGCCAUCGCCGGUCUGCUCUGGGCCUUCAACAUGGAGCAGCUCCCCAACGAGCCCAUCGACCUGACCGAGUACGACGGUCUGUCGGGCCGCUCGCCCGUUCCUUUCCGCAUCAAGAUGACUCCCCGCGACGGCCGCGUCAAGGAGGUCCUUGCUCUCUAA